AUGGCUGCUCCAGUGCUGAGCUGGCUGGUGAAUCGCUCCCUCCUCCUUCCCCUGGACUCUGCUCACCUGCUUACCCCCAAAGCCUCCUGCCUGCAGCUGGCUGCCGCCGGGAACAUCAACAUCAUCCUGCAGCACUACAACUUCUCAGGCAAGCUCAGCAAGCGCCACUCCACCGACGAGGGCAUGGGGCCUCUGCGCACGGCCUUCGUCGCCAUCAGCUGCCUCAUCAUCGUGGAGAACCUGCUGGUGCUGCUGGCCGUGCUGCGCUGCCUGCGGGGCCGCCGCUGGGUCUACUCCUGCAUUGCCAGCAUCACCCUCAGCGACCUCCUGGCGGGCAUCGCCUACCUCUGCAACCUCUGCCUGUCGGGCAGCAAGACCUUCCAGCUGUCCCCUCAGCUCUGGUUCCUCAGGGAGGGCAUCCUCUUCGUGGCUUUGGCCGCCUCCACCUUCAGCCUGCUGGUGACGGCGGUGGAGCGCUACAGCGCCAUGGUCAGGCCCAUCGCGGAGAGCGAGGCCAGCAAGACGCUGCGGCUGCGCGGCCUCAUCGCGGCCUGCUGGCUGCUGGCCCUCGCCAUCGGCCUGCUGCCCAUGCUGGGGUGGAACUGCCUCUGUGAUUUCCAGGCCUGCUCCGUGCUCCUGCCGCUCUACUCCAAGAAUUAUAUCCUGUUUUCUGUGGUGAUGUUCAGCGUGAUCCUCCUGGGGAUCAUCGGGUUCUACAUCUCCAUCUUCCUCCUGGUGCAGGCCAGCUCCAGGCAAAGCUGCUCGCGGAAUGGCCGCCGGCGCUCGCUGCGCUUGCUGAAGACGGUGCUGAUGAUCCUGGGGGCUUUCAUCGUGUGCUGGAGCCCUCUCUUCGUGCUGCUGCUCUUGGAUGUGUUCUGUGACACCGGGGCCUGCAACCACCUGCGCAGCCUGGACUGGACCCUGGCUCUGGCGCUGCUCAACUCGGGCAUCAACCCCGUCAUUUACUCGCUGCGCAGCGUGGAGGUUCGCCGGGCCGUGGGCAGCCUGCUGUGCUGCUGCUGUGUCAGGGCUGGGCUCUGCAGGCCUGGCAGCUGCGUGACCAUCUCAGACAUCAACUCUGGUUCCUCCACGGAGAGCUCCCUGCGCUGCCGGGACAGCUUCCGAGGCCCCACGGCCCAGAGCGCUCGGCCCAGGGCGCCUCUGUCCAGCAACUCCAGCAUGAUGAGCAAUCUGCCCAGCCUGUGAGGGGAAAAGAGGUGCCAGACAGCCCCCGGGAGCUCAUGGGGCUGCUCCUGGCCUGGCAGGGCUGUAGCGAGGCUGAGCAGUUGUGAACUGCACCACC